AUGGACUCGGACCAGUUGUCUAAUAUCUCAGAAGAUGAAGAUCAAACAAUCAUCCAAAAAAAGAAGAAAAAUGUUAAGUUAUCAGAUGCAGAGAUUUUGCUUAUGCUAAGAUCAUACCAAGUGUAUCCAUGCUCCUGGAUCAAGAUAAUACAAUGCAUGCGAGAAAACAAACAUCACCUGCCAGACGAUGCCCAAUUCUUGCUUGGAAAAAGUGGACAAAAACAGCUGAAGAACCGAUUGUCAAAUGAACUGGCAAAAUUGCUGGCGACACCAGAAGAAAACAUAAAAAAUGAAUUAAUUAGGUUGGAGCUUCAAAAGAUAAAGGAGUAUGAAAAGAGACUCUUGAGUACAGUUAACCGUAAAAAGUCGUCUAAAAGACCCUUGCCAGAUUUAGUUAGAGCUAAUCAAGAAGCAUACAAUGACUUUAUAACGAAAAAGGUUCCAAAGCUUUUGAGAGCUUUGGGCGUGAGCUCCGACUCUGAAUGA